CGCACAAACUCCUCUCAGUGUCGGUAUUAGAGUCAGUGGAGCUGGUGGAUAUUGUGAGUCCUGGGGGGGGUGAUGGAGCUGCAGGAGAUGAUGGAGGGGUGUCAGGAGCCCCCAGUGACGGAGCUGUUGGACUCGGGGGACAUGGGGGGGCUGAUGACGUUUCUGGAUCAUGUGCAGAUGUUGUUGGAGGCGGCGGGACAUCUGGAGAGACUGGAGAGGAAAAAGUGUGAACACGGUUACGCUUCGACAUUCCCUUCAGAGAGUUCCGACCCAAUGAGAUUAAAGCAGAAGAGGAUAAAGUCAAAGAGAUGCAGUGGCCUCGGCAUUAGCAGAUCAACCCACAAUGAACUGGAGAAGAACCGGAGAGCCAACCUGCGCCUGUGUUUGGAGAGGUUAAAAGACCUGAUCCCCCUGGAGUCGGACAGCGCCCGGCACACAACUCUGGGGCUGCUGAACAAGGCAAAGCUUCACAUUAAGAAACUUGAGGAGAAUUCCCGGCGUGGGCAGCACCAGCUGGAGGUUCUAGAGCGGGAGCAGAGGUUCCUGAAGAGACGACUGGAGCAGCUCCAGGGGGGCCCAGAAUUGGAGCGAGUGCGCUCAGACAGUAUUGGAUCCACCGACAGAUCCGACUCUGACAGAGAGGAGAUUGAAGUGGACGUGGAGAGCACAGAGUUGUUGCAAUUGGUCAGCGCCAGUAUCAGUGAUUUGGAUGAUCAGAGCAGCAGGCAGAGUUUGGCCAGUGACGAGGGCUACUCCAGCGCCAGCAUCAAGUUGUCCUUCAGCUCGUAGAGUCCGACAACGGGGAGUCCAGUGUUGGGGGGCACUUACUGUCCGUGGAUCACAGACCAACUGGGACCAACAGUUCUGACUCAUGCACCCCCCCCACACCCAAGCACAGGCCGUUCACUGAGGGGUCCCAGUGUCAGGGGGUUCUGAUGGGACCCAGACCAGGCCGGACUCACCUUGAAACUGUCAGUUUGUUCUGCUGCAAAUCACUGACCCGCCCACUGGUCUCAAUGUGAAGAGUCUGGUUCUGCCUGUCGACCACCAGCACUGAUCCCCACUCACACUAGCACUGAUCCCCACUCACACUCCAGCACUAAUUCACACUCACACUCCAGCACUGAUCCCCACUCAGCAGACCCAGCCCACAAGUGGCAGAUAAACCAAGAUGGACUCCUCCGUGGACCAAUCACAAACCUCUCUUGGACUGUGUCUUUAGAAAUAGAUCUGCUGGUAAAAAAGUGGUUCCCUGAGAUCCGAUUGGUUCCUGUUGAACAUGGAGGGACAACUCCCAUCAUCCCACACACUCGCCGGAUGGACUUCCAGAACACGGGGGGACCUGGCGCGACUAUUUCCGGGUCUCCCUGUAUCGCUCCCUUAAAUUAUUUUUGCAGAUAACAGAGAAUAUUUUUAAAGUGAGAAGAAUAAUAUAUUACUAGUGACAUCAUGGUGACAUCACAGUGACAAUUGGUGCCUUUAAUUCUCGUUUUCUUUCUCCUUUUGUAUUUCUUUUUAAUUUAUUGUUAUAUUAUGUGUGUGAUACAAUGUUUCUCCCUUCCCAGAAGCCCCUGUCAUUGUCCUGUUGGAUGUGGGCGGGGCAUCUUGGGACACAAAGCCCUAGAAUAUGAAAGGGAACAUUUAGUUGCUAUGGCGACUCCCCCCGCCCCUGAUUAGGUGUAGUAUGUGGGUCACACCCGCAGGUGUAUAUACCCGUCUUCUAGACAAGGAAAUGUUCAACUUUGUAAGUUGUCACAUGAUGGUGCAAGCUCCGCCUCCUACAGUACGAGGGCGUUUUUAAAUGACACGCCCCCAGCUUGUACCGCUAGAGCUCAGCCACCCAAUAGCCUUUCUGUGCCAAGAUGAUGCCGGUUGCAUGUGACUCCGCCCAGGAACUGUGAUUUUUGGUUAUUUCAAUUGUCCUUCUGAUUCCCCAUUAACCCUUUAUCAGUCCUCUCAGUCUCCUACUGUGUGGGAAUCAAACCGAGGGGCAAUUAGAGCUCCUGCCCCUUUAAUUAACCACAUCCAAUCAGUGAAGCUCAGGGGGAGAGUUGGGCAUCUCAUGGCUAAAGGGAAGAUCUAUAUAUAUAUAAUUGCCUCUCUGUAUAUGGCCAGUAAUAGAGCACCCUCUAGUGGCCAUGCCUGGAUUCUACUAUUCUGUUACUACCUAAGCUUAUCUAUAUGGCAGCUCCUGCUCACAUUGUAAAGAAUGGGCCCCAGUCAGGUAUAUGCCAUAUUUAUAGGGGCCCAUGUACAACACUUUGUUAAAGGGCAAAUCUACUAAAAGGGACAUUCCACUUAAAAUGUAUUGCACAGGGGGCGAGUCUGGCUGUUAAGUAUAAAGGGGAAUUCUGCAUAAACAUUGUGUUAUUGAAUAUUGACAGUGACUGUCUCCCACUGCACAUUUACUGCCCGGCUGCUGCUGCAGGUCAUUAUCAUUCUGCAAUCUGUGUUUGGGUGGACUUCCCCUUUAAUCUGUUACAAACCAGAAAUGACACAUCCCAGAAUCCUCAGCUCCCCCUGGUAGAGCUGCUGAGAUGGUAUUUCCCCCUAUGGAUUCUGGGAAAUGAAGUCUAAAUAAAGCUGCAGGGCAUCUCCGCACCGUAACCCAAUCCACAGGCAUUUAUUGACUCCGCCUUUCCCAGACCCGCCCCAUCCCCUUAAUUAUUACACUAAGAGUUAAUUUAAUUCACUAUUAUUAUUCACUAUUUUAUUUGUUCCGUAGUUGUUGCUCUGAUGCGAAUAAAAAUUAUCCAGAAAAAA